ACUGCCUGCCUCCCAGAUGCUGGGGCAGCGUGGCGGGAAGUGGAGCUCCUGUUGAUGCACGGCCCGGGACCGCCUGCCAAACCGACCGCUGAUCCGGAAGAGAAAUGAAGAGCUCGGCCAGGCCAUGGAGCGCCGUGCCCAAGCAGGGGAGCCACGGCGCAGAUCGGGGAAGGCCGCUGCCCGCUGCCUCGACGGGCAUGAAGGCCUCCAGGUCCUCUACCUCGCUGGCCUUUGACUCCCGCCUGAGCAAGCUGAAAAGAGCCAGCAGUGAAGACAUGCUGACGAAGCCCGGCGUCGCCACGGCUGCCUCGGGGGCCUCCCGGCUGAAGAAGACCGUCACGACCGGGGCCAUCUCGGAGCUCGCUGAGAACCGGCUGCGGCCGAGCACAGGUUCCAUCCCAUCUGCAAAGCGUACCGGGAUCCCCGCACCUCGGGAGUUGCCGACCACGGUAACCCGAGAGAAGGCAGUCCUGAGACCCAGAAAGGCCCAGCCCAGCCCGACUUCUUCAGGAACGCCAACGCCCACCAAGCACUCGCGGCCCACCCUCAAGUCCAAGAAUGAGGCGGAGGGCGCCGAUCGGUCGGUCCUGGAGGCCCAGGUCAAGGGGCUUUUGGCCGAGGCCAAGGCGAAGGAUUCCGAGAUCACCAGACUCCGGAGCGAGCUGAAGAAAUGGCUGGAGAAAGAGCCACCGGGGGGCUAUGACCCCGUCGAGCUGAUGGAUCCGAGUGGAGAGCCGUUGAUCCAGGCUCUCCGGGAGAAGAACUGGACUUUCCAGCAGGAACUCCUGAGUGUGAGGGAAGAGAACCAGCGGCUGAAAGAAAAACUGAGUCACCUGGAGCACUCGCCGUUGUCCGAUACCAUGAGCAGCAGCAGCCUUCCGACCCCCACCACGCAGGAGUCCAGCUUCGGCAGCCCAACGAAGCCCCCCGCCCAUGGUGACGGGGGCGACAGCCACCCCUGCGUCAACGGCCCCCCCUUGCGGAACUCCAGCUCCUCCAGCAGCGACGUGACCAAGGCGUCCCUCUCGCCCGACGCGUCCGACUUUGAGCACAUCCUGGACGUGCCGUCGAGGCCGCUCUCGUCCGCCAGCAGCAACCCCUUCAAGGCCUCGCAGUGCUCGACCGCGGGGAGCUCCCCCAACAACGUCAGCGACCUGUCCGUGGCCUCCCUGACCGAGAGGAUCCAGCGCAUGGAGGAGAACCACCACUGCACGGCGGAGGAGCUGCAGGCCACCCUGCAGGAGCUGUCCGACCAGCAGCAGGUGGUGCAGGAGCUGACCGCCGAGAACGAGAAGCUGGCCGAGGAGAAGGCCCUGCUGGAGAGCUCCUUCUCCCAGCAGCGCGAGCGGGCCGAGCAGCUGGCCAGCGAGAACGAGAAGCUGAGCGCCCGUCUGCAGGAGCGCCCCAAGGGCGACGAGCUGGAGCAGCGCUGUGCCGAGCUGCAGGAGAAGGCGCAGUUCGAGCGGGAGAAGAUGCUGAACAUCCAGCAGCAGCUCACCUGCAGCCUCCGGAGCCUGGAGCGCGAGCACCAGGAGUCCCAGGCAGCCGUCAGGAGCCUGCGGGAGGAGAAGGAGCGGCUGGCCGCCCUCCUGGAGGCCGAGCGGCAGGGCGGCGCGGCCCUGGCCAGGACCCUGGAGGACUGCAAGGUCUCCCUGGAGGGGCUGAAGAUCGAGAGCAGCUCCCUCCGGUCCCAGCUGGAGAGCGAGAGGAGGAAGGCCGCGGCGAUGGAUGCCGUGGGGGGUGGCGCCGGCUGCUCGGAGGUCCAGGAGAUGCUGAAAGGGGCCCGCGCGGAGAAGGACCAGCUGGAGCUCACGUGCACCGAGCUGCGGCAGGAGCUCCUGAAGGCGCACAGCGAGGUCAAGACGCUGCAGGGGCAGCUGGCCAAGGUCGAGAAGGAACGCGGGGAGCUGAAGGAGGCCUGUGAGCAGCAGUCCGAGCAGCUAAGCCGAACUAGCCUCAAGCUGCAGGAGAAGACGGCGGAGAACGAACUGGAGAUCAAGAACCUGAAGGAGACCAUCUUCGAGCUGGAGGACCAGGUGGAACAGCACCGGGCCGUCCGGUUGCACAACAACCAGCUCAUCGGCGACUUGGAGAGUAAUCUCCUGGAGUUGGAGGACCAGAAGGCGGAUUUGGAGAGGCAGCUGAAAGCCUUGAACAAGCAGAUGAAGGAGGACGCCGAGGAGUGGCGCCGCUUCCAGGCCGAUCUGCAGACCGCCGUGGUCGUGGCCAACGACAUCAAGUGUGAGGCGCAGCAGGAGCUGCGGCUGGCGAAGCGCCGGCUGCUGGAAGAGGAGGAGAAGAGCGCCCGGCUGCAGAAGGAGCUGGAGGAGGCGCGGGGUGGAGGCAGCCGAUCUCUGAUUCCAGUCAAUUAACCCAGCCCUGGAAAAACGCUCUGUCCAGCGUGGGACUCAGCGCCUCCUCCAACAACCUCUACUCAAAAAUCAGAAUUUUAACCUGAGCAACAAACAUUGGCGCUCUUAAAAAGAGAGAGAGAAAUCCAGUGCUAUGUCUGGUCAGUCUGCAAUGUAAACCACAAAGGUCAUUCUUGCCCUUUCUCUUUUUCCACAAUCAAAUUGGCUGGCUUUUUUUUUUUUUUCCCCACCUGCUGAUGGUUGUGUGAAGCUCAGAGCUUGAACUUGGCGUACCAAACAAGCUGACCUCCCUCGUGGAGAAGGGACUGCCUUCCGUGCUCACGAGGUUUUCUCCUGAGAUAGUUCUGCCAGGUUACCUCUUUGUGUCUUUCGGAUUUUCCCACCCGCUGCUGGGCGUGCAGGGCAUGAAAAUUAAGACGGCGCAUUCGGAACCACUCAUCGGGUGUCGUCCGCCUCCCAGGGUGUCUCGGAGACCAGCCGCUAGAUGGCAGCUCUCGCCUUGGAAACACAGGAGAGUUUUUCUUGCUUCUGGAUAGUUCUGGGAACAGGAUGGUGGAGCGAAAGCCCAUCACUUGCUGCCCUUCCUGAGAUCUGUGGGCAGAGCAAGGUACCAGGGCAAGAGAUGCGGCAUGUGACCCAGCAAACUUGCAAGCUCUUUGGAUCCCCUGGAUCACAAGGGAAGCUGCGGAGUGAUCCCCCCGCGGAGUGGAAAAGAAUCUCGAACACUUCUUCUGGUUUGGGGGAAAAUGGAAGGGGGAAAAUGCUAUCGCAGUGAUGGCGUGGAUGCUUCCCCCUUUCGCAUCCUUCCCAAAGGGUUUUGUUUGGAACGGCCUACUCAGGGAAAGAGUGCGGAAUCCGUGGCCACGUGCUCCGGCUGGCACUCCUGGCACUGCGCCUGCGUUUCCAUGGAUCGAGCGCUGGGCAGCUUGUGGAGGAGGCACUGGGGUUGCCUGUUUGGCCACCAGCCCCAGGCGGGAGCAGUGGUGGGCAAGCCAGACCCCCUCACCGUUUGGAGGGGUCCCCGGCCUGCCCCCUUGGCAGUGUGGCUCUUCCUGUGAGACUACAGCCUGGGAGUCCUCACCUCUGCACUGGCGCCCGCAAGACGUCGACUCGAUCCCGCCUCGCAAGCCUGGAGCCGCAGGCCGGAUUUUUCUUCAACUUGCUGCUCACAGGGUGAAAGAGGAGCCUCAUGGGACGGCAGUGGGCCGGAGCCUCAGAGCCGGCCUUCCCCAAGCCGGUGCCCUCCAGAUGCGCCCCUUGCCCCGGUUGGGAAAGGCUGCUCCAAUCGCCGCCUCCUUUAGGGAUGCAGGAACAAAAAUUCACCAGGCCCCCUUGGCCGGGUUCCCUCUUCAGAGGCUCGUGUGCCGCAGUAGCUCUGUGCGCUUGCGGAGUGUCCUCCUGGCCGCUCCUCGCGCGUGUUGCCUUGUAUGUGGGCAGGGAGGGAGGGGGAACCUUUGGCCAGGUGUGCCAAAUAAACGUGUCCUCCAUGAUGAGGGUCCCAGCGCCUCGUCCUUCUCCUCUGCCUUGAGCACCCGAGCCCGGCCAUUCCUCGCUGCAGUGGCCGGAAGGACAGCUUCUUUCCUGGUUUUUUUAAUUUUUAAAUCCGGAGGGUGGAUUUUGGGACCGGGUCGUGGCGUUAACAUGCGCAGCUCUGCUCGGGGAGAAGGCUGCCGUGUGGCUGGUACCUCCGUGGUCAGCAGUCGUCUGCGUCCAAAAAUCCAUCGCUGUAUCACGGGAGAAGAGGAGGAGUUGUGCGUUACAUUUCUGGCCCUGCGGGAGACGUUCGGCCGGCUGCUCUGCAAACAGCCAAGGCUGGGUGGGCCUUUGCUCCGGUCCAGCCGAGUUCCUCAGGCCGUGCAAGUGUCGGAGUGCCUGCUCGCGAUGGCCCGGGCCCCAUCCUCCAGCGUCCGGCACAUGCCCCCCAGAGCUCCAGGGACCUCUGCCCGCCCUUUCUUCUUUCCUGCCCCUGUCAGUGAGCCCCCACCCC